UGUGACUUGUGACGUCACAGGUCCUUCUGCUCGAAGGGACCUAGUUGCUAUGCUAAUGCUAUAACAAUCAAAAUGGCGGUUUAACAACGGCUCCUGUUAAUGUGACGAUCACGUACAAUACACAUCACUGCGUUUGUCAGUAGAGGAGAAACAUUCUAAGAAUAUCUGACAAAUUCAGUUGCUGAACAAUGCAAUGUCUGACAAGACCGAGAACCAAACCUCAGACAUUCCUGAUGCACAAGGAGGGCGUCUAGAGGAAAACCCGGGUACUGGGCUAUUAAAUGUAAAGGAAGAGGAGGAAACAGAUGACAUGAAUAGUUAUCAGACUGAAAUACAUUGGUCCCUCCUUGCCGGCAGUAUGGAUGUGAAGCCUUCAGAUGGCUCAGUGGUUGAGUAUGGAGGAGAACCGUAUGAGUGUGAUCAGGUGAAGACUGAGGAGGAUGAAGUUCCUAUAAAUACGGAUACAGGUGAAUUUACAAACUGCAACAAUCCUAGUCAUGUUCAAAGUACAGAUACUUCUUUCAAUUUUCUGCAAAAUCAAAGAGGCCACGUGGAAAAUGUUUGCUCUGAAUGUGGGAAAUCUUUUUCCACUAAAUCAUAUCUUACUUACCAUAUGAACAUUCAUACUGGAGAGAAAGCAUUUUCAUGUUCUGAAUGUGGAAAAUGUUUCAUCCUGAAAUCAACACUUGUUAGACAUCAGAAAAUCCAUACAGGAGAGAGAGGAUUUUCGUGUUCUGAUUGCGGAAAAUGUUUUGCUCAGAAAUCAACUCUUAUUAGACAUCAGAAAACCCAUACAGGAGAGAAAGCAUUUUUGUGUUAUGAUUGCGGGAAAUGUUUUACUGACAAAUCAACACUUAUUACACAUCAUAAAAUUCAUACAGGAGAGAAAGCAUUUUCAUGUUCUGAAUGUGAUAAAUGUUUUACUGAGAAAUCAACUCUAAUUAAGCAUCAGAAAAUUCAUACAGGAGAGAGAGGGUUUUCCUGUUCUGAUUGCGGGAAAUGUUUUGCUCAGAAAUCAACUCUUAUUAGACAUCAGAGAAUCCAUACAGGAGAGAGACGAUUUUCCUGUUCUGAUUGCGGGAAAUGUUUUACCCACAAAUCAACUCUUAUUAAACAUCAUAAAAUCCAUACAGGAGAGAAAUCGUUUUCAUGUUCUGAAUGUGGGAAAUGUUUUACUGAUAAAUCAACUCUGAUUAAGCAUCAGCAAAUUCAUACAGGGGAAAAGGGAUUUUCGUGUUCUGAUUGUGGGAAAUGUUUUGCACGGAAAUGUACUCUUUUUAGACAUCAAAAAAUCCAUACUGGAGAGAAAUUGUUUCCAUGUUAUGAAUGUGGGAAAUAUUUUACUCACAAAUCAACUCUUAUGAUACACCAGAAAAUCCAUACAGGAGAGAAAGCUUUUUCAUGUUCUGAAUGUGGAAAAUGUUUUACUCAAAAAUCAGUACUUUUUAGACAUCACAAUAUUCAUACAGGAGAGAAAGCGUUUACAUGUUCUGAAUGUGGGAAAUGUUUUACUGAGAAAUCAAGUCUUAUUAGGCAUCACAAAAUUCAUACACGGUAAAGAGGAUUUCCAUGUUCCGAAUGUGUCAAAUGUUUUGCUCAGAAAACAAAUCUUAAUAAUUAUCAGAAACCUCAUAUUAAAAGAAAUCAAGGAAAUUAGAGCUUAAACUCUUAAGUGCAUAGGCUAACUUGGAGUCAUAAUUCACACAAUGUGUAGAGUGCUGAUGAUAACUACAUGUUGUCCCCUGGGGGGGGGGGGGUGCACAUCAAGAGCUGUUUAAGCCCUCUACUGCAUCUCAAGUGGUUUUAAAUCAAUGGUAAAUGUCAGACUUUAAGAAUGUUACAAGGAAAAUAUUUUAGUGUAUAA